AUGGCUCAAGAUCUUCAUCUUGAUAAGAAUCUGGUUGAAUCUAAUCUUCGUACAAAGGGAAGCGCUAGAGGUUUUACUUCGAAGAUCCUCUUUGAGAAGGCCAAUUUGUUUGCUAGUAGUGGAAAUUGUGAUGCCUUCUCUGUUCUGUUUGCUCUUCACAUUUUUGAGGUGAUACUCUUUCAAAAUAUUGAGGGGUUCAUCGACAAAACUGCUGUUACUAUUUUCAUCUCCAUAAAUUUGGUGCCUACUCUUUUAACUGAUGCAUUCUUUUCUUUCCUUUGGAGAAACCAGAAAAGAGACAAUGUUGGAGCUUUGAAGUGGUCUCAGAGGUUGAUGUCUUUGGAUGCUGAGGAUGUUGUUUGGUAUUGUCGUGACUACGAUGGGGUGGGUCUUAUUUACAGUUGUGGAGAUUUCCAUAAUGUACCUUUUGUUAGUUCUAGAGGUGGAGUCAUCAAUUAUAAUCCUAUUCUUUCAUUGCGUCAGUUGGGUUAUCAGUUGAAGAAAGAGCCUGAAGCUAAGCUAUUAGAGGAGCUUCUUAUAGCCGAAGGGGUUAAGGAUGCAGAUAUGAUGAAGAGAAUACGUCGUGCUUGGGGAAAAGUUUACUGUAUAGGGAAGAAGGAAUUGGGCAAACAGAACUGCAUCGUCGUAAAUUCAUAUACAAAGUGGGUAAGAGUUAGAGCUAAGGGUAUCAAGCUCCCAUAUCCAUGGGAACCUUCCACGAGUUUUAAAGCACCUAAGCCUUUUGUUGUUGUUAUUCACGAGGAGACUAUUCUAAGGAGACUAUCAAGAGCUUAG